AUGCGAUCUCUCGUAGACUUGACUGGAUUGUACCAAGGCGAUGAGGUCUCUGGACCAAGAUUUAUAAACUCUUUGCUGACGGAGACGCACCGCACCAGCGAUGUGGACUGCUUCAAGCAGCUGUUCGUGAACCACGCCACGCUUCGUACCGGAACAGACGAUAACCGCCGUCAAUGUAUGUGGUGCUGGCACCCGCACGGUUUCAUGGUUGCGAUCUCGCGUCGCAGGUACCCAGACCUGCAACAACACGCGCACCCAAGCCCAGCCCCACCGCUAAGAGCAGGCCUCUCGUAG